AUGUUUUAUAAGGAAAUUGAUAAAGAAUUAAUACAAACAAAAGCAAAAUUUAUAAGAAGAAUGUUACUUUUAGGUCCUGGUGAAUCAGGAAAAAGUACUUGUUUAAAACAAAUGCAAAUUUUACAUAAUAAAGGUUUUACUCAAAAUGAGUUAAAUGAAAGGAAAAUGAUUAUUUUUAGUAAUAUAAUAAAAAGUAUAUUAACAAUGAUUAAUGUACUUAUUUCCGUCAACAGCCAUCAUUCUAUAAGUAAUCUUAAUGAAAUGGUAAAAAGAUUAGAAGAUUAUUUAAAAGAAGACUUAGAAAAUAAUACUUUUCCAGAAGAUGUUGCUAGAAUUGUUAAAUAUAUUUGGAGUCAAAAAAGUAUACAAGAUAUUUAUAAAAUACGUGAUACCUAUCAAUUGAUAGAUUCAGCUGAAUAUUUUCUAAAUUCAAUUGACCGAAUAUCAGCUAUUGAUUAUGUUCCAAAUACUCAGGAUAUACUUAUGGUACGGAUUCCAACUACUGGUGUUGUUCAGGUUAAUUUUAGACUAAAAAAUAUAGAUUUCAAAGUUUUUGAUGUUGGUGGACAAAGAAGUGAAAGAAGAAAAUGGAUUCAUUGUUUUGAUAACGUACAUGGAUUAAUAUUUGUAGCUGCUGUUAGUGAGUUUAAUCAGGUAUUACGCGAAGACAAUAAAACUAAUCGUCUUAUGGAAGCAAUAGAACUUUUUGAUUCUGUUUCAAAUAGUCCUUUUUUUGAACAUGCUUGUAUAAUAAUAUUUUUAAAUAAAAAAGAUAUUUUUGCAGAGAAGAUAAAACGUUUUUCAAUUAAAGAAUGUUUUCCUUCAUAUAAUGGUCCUCAAGAAUAUGGUCCAUGUAUGAAAUUUAUUGGAUCUCAAUUUUGUAGACAAUACCGUGGAAAAAAACAUUUGUAUAUGCAUUCAACCUGUGCUACAGAUACAAAUCAGGUACAACAUGUUCUUAAUAGUGUAAUCGAUACUAUAUUACAGAAAAAUCUUAAAGAAUCUGGUAUGAUAUAA